AUGAAGUUCUUCCUUGUUGCAGUCCUCUACGCCGCUCUCGCCUCGGCUGCGUUUGUCAGGAUCCACCCGAACGGCAACAACAACAAGUGCGUCGGUGUUGUUCCCAACGUCCACCAGCACCUGCGGGGCGUCACCAUCCAGACGUGCAACAGUAGCAACCCAGACCAGCAGUGGAACAUCAACUGUGGCGCCACGUAUGUUUACGGUGGCAUUGGGAGCAUCAAGUUUGGCGACAACCCGUCGUACUGCAUGACCGGUGGCGAAGGCCUCACGCACACCUGGACUGGAGGUGGCAACGGCAAUGGCAUCUCGUUCCAGUACUGCGCGCAGGGCGACAUCGGCCAGUCGUGGUGGUACACUGACGACGACCGCAUUGCCAUCGAGGGCAAAGGGUUUUGUCUUGACCUGACAAACGGCGACUUGACCGAUGGCAACAUGCUUCAGCUCUGGCAGUGUUCGACUGGAAACACGAACCAGAUCUGGACCACGACCAAGGUCUAG